CCAACAACAUCCAACCUGAACAACCCGGUGAACAUAACGAGUGCACCUCACAGGAGAAUUUAUUUUGGCAUCAACUCAGUUGAACUUGUCCUGGAAUAUUCUGUGUUUUUUCCGUCAGGUUUUUUAUUAUUUCAUUUUUAACUGGAUAUAUUUAGCAUCGUAUAUAUAUAUUAACAGUUUACCGUGUGAGAAAGCACCACUUUAUGUCUUCAUAUACAGCUGACCUUGCCUGCUGAUAGACAGCUAGGGCUAGCUUAGUGCUAACCGGUAUUCAGCGUUAGCUGGCUAAGCUAACUAAGGCUAACUUUUCCUCUACUUUCCUGCAUUUGUUGCGUCCGUGAUGGAAGAUGAAGCCUACACUGAUAUUAAUGGGAAAGCCAUAUCUCUGGACUGUCAGAGCCACUCCAGUCUGUGCAGGGAGUUCACAGUCAGUGUCCCCAAAGUGUCCAUUGGUAAGGUGAUGGUGAACACCUGCAUUGUUUGGCUGGUAGCAUACGGUGUGUUCCUGCUCACAGAGAACACCGCUGUACUGUCCAGUGCUAUAUUCAUCACCCUGGUUGGCAUGAUGCUUCACAUCCACUUUGUGAAGGUCGACCACGAGUCCCUGCUGGUCAUCGGCUCCUUGGGCAUACAGUUGUCCUCCAGCUACGCUUCAGGCCGCGAGACCACCACGUUCAUUGAGAUGAGCAAGAUCAAGGAUAUUGUCAUCAAUGAAGCUAUUUAUAUGCAACAAAUCAUUUACUACCUUUGUGUGCUGUUGAAGGACCCUUCAGAGCCAAAUGCAGUGUCAAGUGUUGUGCCGUUGUUUCAGAGUUCAAAGCCACGGCUGAACUGCUUGGUGAAAGUUUAUAAAAGCUGUCAGGAGAUUAUUUCAAAGUGCUGAUUACACAUAAGUCAUACCAUGGCAAUUUUCUGGUCAUGCAGUAUGUUUUUAGUAUUGUGUAGAAUUUAGAGGGGUCUAUUAGCAGAAAUGGAAUAUAUAUUUUAUAUAUAAUAUUCAUAGUUGUGUUUGAAUUGGUGUAUUAUCACCUGAAACAAAGAAUCGUUGUGUUAAAUAGUAGCCCUGAACGCCUUUUGCCUUUUUUAUGUUACCAGAAGUUGGAUGCAGUAUGCAACCUCACCACUAGAUGUCACUGCAUCCCACACACUUCCCCUUUAACUUAUUGUCUUUUUCAAUGGAUGAAAGCAUGUAGUUUUUAUUUUUGGCACAUCCUGAUUUGAUGUUCAGUGUAUUUUUCAUGUGUUUUCCUCCUUUUCUAAACUUUAUGAAUGUAAAUCAUGUAAACAGUUGAAUGUAAAAGCAACUGCCCCCAUUUUUAAAACCCCAAUAUUAGUUUCAUUAUGACUUUAUGUUGUGUAGUUAUUUUGCUAACCUCCAACAGCAUAAACAGCACUGAUGUUAGACUACUUGUUUAAAUCUAAAGAGCACAACCCUUUAA